AUGUCUAUCCUCGUGGUCGGAGAGCAGAUUGACGCAGCUGCGGGCUUUGCCUCGCCAGCCGGUGCAAUCGCAAUCGUCAGGAAUGUAGCCCUAGGAAUCUACGACUCAGUCCAGGACCCCAAGUAUACUAUAGUCGACAUGCUUGGGAUGCUAGUCGGCGUUGGCUUGAUUGCCAAAGUCUCACGAGAUAAACCCGGUAUUGCUGCCAUUGCAAAUAUCCGUAGGAGUAUGAGUGCAGAUGACAUGUCCGGGCUUGGGAACAUCUUGAAAGCCAACCACGAUAAGCUGCAGGGCAUCCUCAAAUUGUGCAGGAUAUGA